AUUAGGUGUAUCGCUUAAGUAAUAAGUACGGAAUCAAAAACAUUCCACUUUUCUGACAGAAAAGAAAAAAAGAAAGAAAAAAAAAAGUCGAACGCGAGAGGAAGAAGAUGAUGAAGCCAAAAUGGGAAUCAAUCUCUAAUCUUCAACAAAACACAUUUCUCAUAAAACUCGUCGCCGCUACGCUUAUAACUUGUCUCGCUUUUCGUUUCUUCGUCUUCCGUUUCGGCCAAUUUUCCCCAGUUCAAGUGUCGGUGAACGGAAACUCCAAUUCCCAGAUUUCUCCGCCGUCGUUUAUCAUAUCGGAUAAUGAAGAUCAAAUUCCCGUCGAUAUUGAGGUGGAGAAGUGUGAUCUUUUUACUGGGAAAUGGAUUAAAGAUCCUUUGGGACCGAUAUACACGAAUGAGUCGUGUGGUAUCGUUGUAGACGGUCACCAGAAUUGCAUUACUAAUGGGAGGCCUGAUUCGGGUUUUCUCUACUGGAAAUGGAAGCCUAAUGACUGUUCCUUGCCUCGGUUUGAUUCUCUGAGAUUUCUGCAACUUAUGAGGAAUAAAUCUUGGGCUAUAAUCGGUGACUCCAUUGCGCGUAAUCAUGUCGAGUCUUUGCUUUGUAUGCUAUCUAUAGUUGAGAAACCGGUUGAAGUGUAUCAUGAUGAGAACUACAGAUCGAAGCGUUGGUAUUUCCCGUUAUAUAACUUUACAAUAUCCAACAUUUGGUCACCUUUUCUUGUUCAAGCUGCUAUUUUUGAAGACUCAAAUGGUGUCUCAUCAGCUGCAGUCCAGCUUCAUCUUGACAAACUCGACAAUACUUGGACUGAUCUAUUUCCGAGCCUUGACUAUGCGAUCAUCUCUUCAGGGGAAUGGUUCCUGAAAACCGCGGUCUACCAUGAGAAUGCUAAUCCCGUCGGAUGCCAUGGCUGCCCGGAAAGUUCGAAUAUGACUGAUUUAGGAUUCGACUAUGCUUACAAUACGUCGCUGCGUCAUGUUAUGGACUUCAUAGCAAAAUCUAAAACUAAAGGCAUGAUCUUUUUCCGGACUUCGAUACCCGAUCACUUUGAAGAUGGGGAAUGGCAUAACGGCGGUACUUGUAAGAAAACAGAACCAGUGAGCGAGGAGGAGGUUGAGAUGAAAGUUCUGAACAAGAUCUUGAGAGAUGUUGAGAUUGUUCAAUUCGAGAGAGUGGUUACGGAGACUGGGAAUCUUAAGCUUCUUGAUUUUGCUGGAAUGUUGCUGACACGACCCGACGGGCAUCCGGGUCCAUACCGAGAGUUUAGGCCGUUUGAUAAGGAUAAGAACGCAAAGGUACAGAACGAUUGUCUGCAUUGGUGCUUGCCUGGUCCAAUUGAUCACUUGAACGAUGUCAUAUUGGAGAUCAUAGUGAAUGGUCGAACCGGGAAGUAACCAGUUUACUUGUGUAUCUUAGUCAAUUGCUAAAUUGGAUGAAUUUAAAACAGAGGUUUGGUAUAUAGGUCAUGUAAAUUGGUAAACUUGAAGAGAUUUGGUUAACAGCUAAAGCUUCUAGUGAACCGGAUAGAACCCCGUAGUUGAAUGGGAAAACCGGUUCGGUUUAUGAAAGCAAAUUCUUCUUAUG